AUGCGCAGCCGGUUAGGGUCGUCCCCACUGGUUGACUCCUUGUGCAGGCAGGCGGGGAUGCAAGAUGGAACCGAGUUGGUGGCAAGCCACAAUGACGGGCGUGCAAUGUGGGCAUUGCAACACUUGUUAAUAGGCGGCGGCUGCCAAUCCCGAUGCACAUCGGCUAUGUGCAUUGGUGGCGGGCAUGAUCCCCAGAUGCUCCAGGCAGCCGUUGCUGCUUUUGUUCCUGGGCAGGCACAACACAGUGGGCUUGCGGCCGCCCAUGACUUUGGGUGUACAGGUGACAGCACAGGCGACACUCCUCAUUGCAGACUGCACAUACUAUCACCCUCUAGCAACAAAGAACAACCCAUUGUUGCAAAACAAAGGAGUUUGGCACUAUGA